UGAAUAUCAUCGUCACGCAUUCUCUCAAAUGAAACUAUUUUUGUCUUGUGAUGUGUGAUCCGGGAAUUUAUUUUUUUUUUUAUUUUUUUGAUACUUUUUUUUAUUUAUUUUAUAUGUUCUCAUUGGGUUUGUCACACUUGAGUGAAUAAAUAUUUUUACCGGAAAAAAAAAAAAUACUUGAUUUGCUGAUAAAAUAUUUCGACAAAUUUAUAUGUCGAAAAUUAUUUCGAUAGAAAAAAAAAUUUAUAAAUAGAAAAAUGAAAAAACUAAAAUUCUUGUGAAAAAAAAAAAUUCUAUAAAUUAAUUUAAAAAAAUAAACAUAAAACAUUCAUGAAAGUGUUGUCAGAUGGCAGCACGAGUUUUAAAAAACUGUUGAAUAAAUUUGCGAGUAAAUUUGGUCAAGUGGCUAGCGUGCAAAGUGUGAGUACAAACACUUCAGGUUCAAAUCUGACCACAGCCAAAUUAUUUCAUCCUCAAAAUUCAAAUACUCCCAUGACAAAUAACACUAUAAAAUUAAAAAAAAAUUAAACUACCUCAUCUGCCAAAGUAAAAAAUCAAAUUAAAUAAAAAAAAAAUAAAGUCCUAUCUCUUGAUCAUAACUCAAGAGUUCUAUGCAAUCACAGCUGAGCUUUACCUGGCUCUCCGAUACCCCGAUUAAAUAUACCGAUACGUAAAAAAAAAAAAAAUUAAAUAAUAAUAAUAACAGCGUGAUAACGACAUUAACUCGACAAAUAUAUUUUUAUAUCAGUUUUAACUACAUUGCGGAAAAAAGAGUUAAUCAAAAAUUAAAAAAAUAUUCAAUCAAUUGUUUAUUUUGAUUUUAAUUUCUAUUUUACACUUGCGUUAUGAAUACAUUGGUCAAUUAGUGUGAAAUUUUUUUUUUUUUUUGUAGUUGUAGUUUAUUGUAUGAUAUAUCUCGUUCAAAUUAAAACUAAUACUCUUGUGACAAGUAAAUGCUCUCUGACCGUUCAAUGCAAGAGCUCUUUGACGGUUUUGACGUUGUUAACUAAGCAGUCAUUUGUUGAUUGUCAUACAGUAUCUACGCUACAAUAUGUCAUUCGUAUCUUAUUUUUAUUUAUAUUUAUUUAAUCUAGUUAAUUUUAAAAUUUAUAUUUAUAAUUUUCAUUGAAAAUAAAUCAAUUUUUAACAGAUAUAUUUUUAUUUUUUUGUUUUGAAUAUUAAUAAGUGAGUAAAUUAUAAUGAUCAUUUAGCUGUGUAUUUAAACAUUUAUUUUACACUUGAAAUAUUUUAAUUUAAUUUAAUUUAAUUUAGUGUUUAUUGGUAUUUUUUUUAUUGAAAUUUUAUUAUUGUAUAUUAUGAAUGAUAUUAAUGAUGAACGAGUUUGCUGUUAUUUUACCGAGUGAAAUUCAAACUUCGCGUUUGCUACAAAGAGAUUCAGGUGGUAUGAGAAUGACAAUACCUUUGACCUCUUUUAGACGACACAGUGGAUGUGUAUCAACUUUGGCACGGGCUAAGCCACACCCGAGACUACUUUACUUUGCUCUUCCUUUUGACGUUGAAAAUGGAGGCUCUGCAUUGGAUGGUGGAGUGGGUACUGGUGGUUCAGCAUCACCAAGUGCUGGUCUUGUUUUACAAGCAUUACCACAAAGAAGAGAAAGCUUUCUUUAUCGUAGUGACAGUGACUUUGAAAUGUCACCAAAGUCAAUGUCAAGAAAUAGUUCAAUUGCCAGUGAAAGGUUCAAAGAAACCGAGCCGCCAAUCGAGCGAGCGAUUUUUUCUGAUCAGUAUAGUCAUGGAGAGGAUCUUAUUGUUACACCAUUUGCACAAAUACUUGCAUCACUUCGUUCAGUUAGAAAUAAUUUUCUAUCACUUACAAAUGUACCUACGAACAAAUCAAGACGAAGUAGUGGACAACAUGGUGGUAAUACACCACAACCUCGUAUAUACAAUCCUGGAGAUGAAAGUUUCAUGAAACUUGCUGUUGAAACAAUGGAAGAGCUUGAUUGGUGUCUCGACCAACUGGAAACAAUUCAAACUCACAGAUCAGUCUCAGACAUGGCUUCUCUCAAGUUUAAGAGAAUGUUGAAUAAAGAAUUAUCACAUUUUUCCGAGUCUUCCAAGUCUGGUAAUCAAAUAUCUGAAUACAUUUGCAGUACUUUUCUUGAUAAACAACAAGAACUUGAUUUACCAUCGUUGAGAAUUGAUGAGGCUGUUGCAUCAGUCAGUGAUACAAGAACAGCUAAGAAAAAAGAUCGUGUACAACGUGGUCCAGCAGCAAUGUCUCAUAUCAGCGGUGUUAAAAGACCAUUAACACAUACAAAUAGCUUUACUGGUGAACGUGUACCACUUUAUGGUGUUGAAACAACAAAUGAGACAGAACUUGGCACGGUACUGUCUGAUGUUGAUAAAUGGGGUAUUGAUAUAUUCAGAAUAUCAGAACUAAGUAAUUGCAGACCAUUAACCUGUGUUGCCUACACUGCAUUUCAAAGUCGUGAUUUAUUAAAAUCACUUGCAAUACAACCAAAAACCUUUGUCACAUUUAUGAUGACACUUGAAGAUCACUAUGUCAAGGACAAUCCUUUCCAUAACAGUCUUCAUGCUGCCGACGUAACACAAUCAACACAUACACUAUUAAAUACGCCUGCACUUGAGUCUGUUUUUACACCACUUGAGAUUACAGCUGCUUUAUUUGCAGCAACAAUUCAUGAUGUUGAUCAUCCAGGUUUAACAAAUCAAUUUCUCAUUAAUUCAAGUUCAGAACUUGCUUUAAUGUAUAAUGAUGAAUCUGUACUUGAAAAUCAUCAUCUUGCUGUUGCUUUCAAACUGCUACAAAAUGAAGGCUGCGAUAUAUUUGAAAAUAUGACUAAAAAACAACGUCAAACACUUAGAAAAAUGGUUAUUGAUAUGGUAUUAUCAACAGAUAUGUCAAAACAUAUGUCAUUACUUGCUGAUUUAAAAACAAUGGUUGAAACAAAAAAAGUUGCUGGUUCUGGUGUAUUAUUAUUAGAUAAUUAUACUGAUAGAAUACAAGUAUUAGAAAAUCUUGUACAUUGUGCUGAUUUAUCAAAUCCAACAAAACCAUUACAUUUAUAUCGUAAAUGGGUUGGUUUAUUAAUGGAAGAAUUUUUCUUACAAGGUGAUAGAGAAAGAGAACAAAAUAUGGAUAUAAGUCCAAUGUGUGAUCGUCAUAGUGCAACAAUUGAAAAAUCACAAGUUGGUUUUAUUGAUUAUAUUGUACAUCCAUUAUGGGAAACAUGGGCUGAUUUAGUACAUCCAGAUGCACAAGAUAUUCUUGAUACACUUGAAGAAAAUCGUGAUUGGUAUCAAUCAAUGAUACCACCAUCACCACCAUCUGAUGAACAACAACAUCAACGUGGUAGUGAUCAAUCAGAUAGAAUACAUUUUCAAGUAACACUAGAAGAAGGUGAUGAAACUGGUGAAAAUAAUGACAACAGUAAUGAAGCUUGUGGUGAUACAGAUGAUGCCUCAAAUGACACUGAAAUGUGACGGAAUUUUACUGGUAUUUUUAAAAAAAUUUAUGAAAAGUUUCAAAAAAAUUGGUGGCGUGUUCAUCAAUAAGCUUUAUAUAUUAUAAAUAUUUUUUUCUUCAUAAAUUGUUGCUUAGAAUUUAUAAAUAAUGAUAAAUGAAAGAAAAAAAAAAAUUGUAAUAACAAUAGUCUCAAGAUUUUUGUGAUUGGUGAGGUAUAAUACACUGAAAAAAAAAUAAUUAAAUUCUGGCUUAUAUGAUAAUGAUAAUACGAAUAACAAAGUUAUGAAAAUUAUCAAAUUAAAUAUCAAUUUAUUUAAUAUAUUGAUAUUUAAAGUUUAGUUACUACACUGAUAUUUUUAAUUGGACAAAUUACACAACUACCUCCAUCAUGAAUCUCUCAGCUUCCAAUUUUAUUUGUCAAAUAAGACGAUAAAUUUUGUUUAAUAUUAUUUAUUAAUCAUUGUUAAUUUAUAAAAAAAAAACAACAAAACAAAUUAUGAAUUUCUUUAUACUGAGAUCAUACAAAUGUGAUUCAAAAAUUUAUCAUUUCAGUCGUGUUUAAUCGACUAAAAAAUUUAAAAAAAAUAUCUACAAUUUCGAAAAUUGAAUUAUUAAAUUAAUAAUGAGAUUGGUUAUUUUUGUUUUUUAAAUUGUUCUACAGUGAAACUGAGAAUAGCUAAAAUGACUAGCAGGACUGGUACCUGUGAUCAUGACCUGAAGACCUGAAUUAAAUUGAUUAAAAAUUGGUGUUGUAACUAUACUUUGUUUGGGAUAUAUUGAUACAGCUUUAACAGUAGAAAAUUGAAAGAAAAAUUAAACAACAAAAUAGUAUCACUUUUCUACAAAUACGUGUCGAUAAAAUAAACCAGAUUUUUUUUUCAGUGUAUCAAUGCAGCAAUAAAAAUUUCGGCUGGACCGAUUAAAUAAGUGACAUCAAAAAUUCUCAUGUCUUUUGAGUUUAGAUAAUUAAUAAAUAGAAAAAAAAAAAUUAUAAAAAAACGUAUUAUUUGUGAAAGAAAAACAUUUUUUUAAUUAAUAUUGUCUUUGAGGGGAGGAAAAAAAAUCUCAGAUAGUUAUCUAUGACAUUUGAAUUUAAAAAAUUAAUAAGCAUCUGUUAUUGAUGCUUUGAUUUUGAAAAAAAAAUAUAAAUAAAAGGAUUUAUUAUCCAAAUUACCAAAUAAAAAUAAUGGCAUAUCAAAAAUACAUUAAAAAUAACACAAGAAAAGAGGGAAAAUUGAAAUACUUGAUCAGAUUAAAAGUGUGAUCAUAAAAAAAAAAAAUUAUUUUACAAUUUUUCGAAAUUUAUCAUUUUAAUUAUUUUUUAUUUUGAAAAAAAAUUUAAUAAUUUCAUAUUUAAAAUUAAUAUUUAUAAUUAUAGAGCUGGUUCUCUAUAAAAAAUUUAUUAUUUUUAAUUUUAAUUUAAAAAACCUUUUGAAAAAAUUCAUUAAUAAUUAGCGUAAUUAUUUUUUUUUUUUACACACACACAAUAGGCAUUCAAUAAUUUUACGUAAACUUGUUUUAUUUUUUAACCAAAGAAUAAUUAAAUUAAGUAAAUUUUUGGACAAUUGUUGUUGUUUUUUUUUUUUUUUUGUCUUAUAAAUGUUAUUUAUUUGAUACACCUAAAUGAUUUAAGGUGCUCAUUUGGUAAUAAAUAAAUAUAAAUUGACUGUAAAAAUUAAUUUUGUGAAGGAUUACUGUAAAUUCACAAAUGCGAUUAUUAUAAUCAACAAUUGUAUAAUAGUGUGAAUGAAAAUGUCUUAUUUAAAAAUAACAAAAAAAAAAAAAACAAUAAAUAAUAGUAUUAACAAAAAAAAAAAUGAUAAUGUAGCUAAAACAAAACUCAAUAAUUUCUGUAAUUUGUGUCACGAUAGGCGUUUGAGUUUUCAAUUUAAAAAAAAAAAAAAUAAAAAGAUAAAUAAAAACCAAUUA